CACUGUCGCUCGGUUCCGGUGAGAGGGGGAGGGUAGAGGCACGUAGGAGGUGGCUGCAGGUCCGCUGAAGGGACCGAAGCCAGGCGGCAGUGCGCGCGCGCGCUACCGCGGUGGAGCCCCGAAAUCACCAGCCGCCCCCUCGCAUCCCGGGGCGCUGAGAAGAUGGCGGCGGCGGCGGCUCAGUGAGGAUGGAGCUACCUGUCAUUGCCUUCUUCCCCUGAGCGUGCGGGGUCCGGCCCCACGGGGUGCGAGUCGGGGGACGGGGGACCGUAGGGAGCUCUUUCCCUAGCAGAGCUGACUCGAGCCCGGCAGCUCCCCGCCCCCCGUCGCCCCAGCCGAUUAGCCCCCCCCCUCCCUUCCAGCCCAGCAGCUCCAGCCUAGUGACCCCCCCGCCCCGACCCGCUACCAUGCCUUGGCCUUUCUCAGAGUCCAUCAAGAAAAGGGCCUGCAGGUACCUGCUGCAGAGGUACCUGGGCCACUUCCUGCAGGAGAAGCUCAGCCUGGAGCAGCUCAGCCUGGAUCUGUACCAGGGCACCGGCUCUCUGGCGCAGGUCCCUCUGGAUAAAUGGUGUCUUAAUGAGAUUCUGGAAUCAGCAGAUGCACCUCUGGAAGUCACUGAAGGGUUUAUCCAGUCCAUUUCUCUGUCUGUUCCCUGGGGGUCAUUGCUACAGGAUAACUGUGCACUAGAAGUGAAAGGAUUAGAGAUGGUCUUCAGGCCAAGGCCUCGUCUUGCAUCUGGUUCAGAGCCUAUGUAUUGGUCAAGUUUUAUGACCACUAGUAUGCAACUUGCAAAAGAAUGUCUUAGCCAAAAACUGACAGAUGAACAAGGAGAAGGGUCUCAACCUUUUGAAGGACUUGAGAAGUUUGCAGAAACUAUUGAAACAGUUCUAAGAAGAGUGAAAGUUACCUUUUUAGAUACUGUUUUGAGAAUCGAACAUGUGCUGGAAAAUUCUAAAAGUGGGUCUGCACUUGAAAUCCGAAUUGAGAAAACUAUGUACUGUGAUGAAACUGCUGAUGAAUGCUCUGGAAUUAAUGUACAUCAGCCCACAGCUUUUGCUCACAAGUUACUUCAGCUCUCAGGUGUCUCUCUCUUCUGGGAUGAGUUUCCAGCAUCAGCGAAGUCCUCUCCAGUGUGUUCAGCUACACAGUUGGCAGCGGAACCAAAGCUUUCCCCUAGCUGGAACCCAAAAAUUGUGUAUGAGCCACAUCCACAGUUAACCAGAAACUUGCCAGAAGUUGCUCCCUCUGACCCCGUGCAGAUUAGUAGGCUGAUUGGUAAAAUGAAGUUGAGCCUUACAUUAAAGCAACAUGAAGUACUUCCUGGAGCUAAGUUGGAUGUGGAUGGGCAGAUAGACUCAAUACACCUAUUCCUGUCACCGAGGCAGGUACAUCUUCUAUUGGACAUGUUAGCAGCCAUUGCUGGACCAGAGAGCCCCAGCAGGAUAGAAUUAUCAAAUAAAGAUAGAAAGAACCGACCCAUGCAACAGGAGGACGAGUAUCGGAUUCAGAUGGAGCUGAAGCGUUACUUAAGAAAAGAAUCUUUGUCAGCAGGAGCAUCAUCUGAGCAGAGCUUUUAUGAGACCGAGACUGCCAGAACACCUUCUAGCCGUGAAGAAGAAGUUUUCUUCUCAAUGGCUGACAUGGACAUGUCUCACAGUCUCUCCUCUCUUCCACCUCUUGGAGACCCACCAACUAUGGAUCUAGACUUAUCUUUAACUAGUACAUACACUACUACACCAGCAGGAUCUCCACUGAGUGCUACAGUGCUUCAGCCAACUUGGGGUGAUUUUCAUGACCCUAAUAAACAAGAACCACCACCUCCACCACCAAGAAGUUCAUCAUUUACACCCAGUAUUGUUCAUCAAACUCCUUUAAGAAGGACUUCCCUUCCAUCCAGAUCUGUUUCAGUGGAUGAAUCCAGGCCUGAACUUCUUUUUAGAUUGGCACUGGGCACUUUCUCAGUAUCUGUACUUCACAUUGACCCUCUGCCGCCACCUGAAACAUCACUGAACCUUAACCCACUGACACCAAUGGCACUGGAUUUCUUUACCCGAAUAGAAAAGAUUGAUCCAGUUAAGUUUUCAACAGAAGAUUUUCUGUCCUUCCGAGAAGUAUUUGCAGAGGCUUGUUCUCAUGACCACCUUAGAUUUAUAGGUACUGGCAUCAAAGUCUCUUAUGAACAAAGACAAAGGUCUGCUUCUCGAUGCUUCAGCACAGAUUUGUCCAUUGGGCAUAUGGAACUACUGGAAUGUCUUUUCUCUACCGACUCCUGCUCCAUUCAACCUCACUACACAGAGCUGCUAACAUUUCAUUCUGAAAAAGGAAAUGAUACACAUCCUCUUUCAUGCCUUCAGCUCCAUUAUAAGCACUCAGAUAACAGAGGACCUCAGGGUAGUCAAGGAAGACUGAGCUCUGUUCCACAGAAAGCAGAAUUACAAAUCAAGCUAAGUCCAGUAUUUUGUGAACUGGAUAUCAGUAUUGUGGACAGACUAAAUUCUUUGCUUCAGCCACAGAAACUAACCACAGUGGAGAUGAUGGCAUCUCACAUGUACACAUCUUACAACAAACACGUUAGUCUGCAUAAAGCUUUUACCGAAGUUUUCCUGGAUGAUUCACGUACACCUGCAAACUGUAGAAUUUCUGUGCAAGUCACUUCACCAGCAUUAGAUCUUUUUGUUCGCUUCCCUAUACCUGACCUACGAUCAGAUCAGGAAAGAGGACCAUGGUUUAAAAAAUCACUUCAGAAGGAAAUCCUUCAUCUUGAAUUUACAGACAUGGAAUUCAAGACUGAGUUUAUAGGAGGUUCAACUCCAGAACAAGUUAAAUUAGAACUUACCUUUAAAGAGCUAGCUGGCUUAUUUGAAGAAGAUAAAACAGAAUCUUCAAUAAAAUUCUUUCAAGUGUCCAGUGGCAUAGAUGGAGAUAUGAUAUCAUCUGACAACUUUGAUUGGCCACGGAUUGUACUGAAAAUAAACCCACUGGCUGUACACUCCAUUCUGGAAAGGAUAGCAGCUGAAGAAGAGGGUGAUGGAAACUUUCAAGAGGAAGAGGAAGGAGGAUCUCAUUCUCUUAAGGAUGUCUGUGAUCUUAGAAGACCAGAGCCUUCUCCUUUUUCCUCUCGUAGGGUCAUGUUUGAAAAUGAAGAGAUGGUGAUGCCAGGUGAUGCAGUUGAGAUGACCGAGUUUCAGGAUAAAGCAAUCAGCAAUUCUCAUUAUGUACUGGAACUCAUGUUACCAAAUGUUCACUUAACGCUGCCAAACAAGACCUUUUAUGAGAAACUUUACAAUAGGAUCAGCAAUGACUUAUUAUUGUGGGAACCCACAGCUCCAUCUCCUGUAGAAACAUUUGAGAAUAUUUCAUAUGGUGUUGGACUGUCAGUCGCCAGCCAACUGAUCAAUACUUUCAGUAAAGACAGCUUUAGUCAAUUCAAAUCUACAAUUCAUUAUGAUGAUGAGAGUGGAUCUGAGGAGGAAACUCUACAAUAUUAUUCCACAGUUGAUCCAAACUAUCGUUCACGCCGGAAAAAAAAGCUUGAAUUGCAAAACAAGAACACACAGAGCUCUCUCUCUGUUUUUCUAAAUGUUAAUCAUGGAUUAGUGUCAAUAUUCACAGAUGUAAAGCAGGAUGGUGGAAAUAUUCUGGAAGGCAAGCAUGGUGAAUUCUGGUUUGAGUUCAACAGUGGUUCAUUAUUCUGUGUGACUAAAUAUGAAGGUUUUGAAGACAAACAUUACAUCUGUCUUCAUUCUAGCAGUCUCAGUUUAUAUCAUCAAGGUGUGGUGGAUGGAGUUGUCCCUCCAUCUGAAAUACGACUGCCUAACACAACUCGUCCACACUGGUUAGAACCUACCAUUUAUUUUUCCGAAGAAGAUGGUCUCAGUAGGACUUCUUCAGAUGGUGUGGGAGUGGACUGUUUAAGUAUGCUGUCUGUUGCAGUGAAAAUCCAGUCACAUAAAUCGGAGAGCAAUACAAAGGAAUUUCUAGUUGCUGUUGGGCUGAGAGGAGCCACUCUCCAGCACAGAGUAUUGCCUUCAGGUCUAAGCUGGCAUGAACAGAUUUUAUAUUUUUUGAAUAUUUCUGAUGAGCCUGUUUUGGGAUAUAAUCCUCCAGCUUCCAUUACAACUUUUCAUAUACACCUCUGGAGUUGUGCUCUUGAUUACAGGCCUUUGUUUUUGCCAACCAGAUCUCUACUUACUGUUGAAACUUUCAGCAUUUCCAGUAAUGUUGCACUGGAUAAGUCCUCUUCUACUCUCAGAAUAAUCUUGGAUGAGGCUGCUUUGCAUUUAUCCGACAAGUGCAACACUGUUACAGUGAAUCUGCAGAGAGAUUAUAUUCGUGUUAUGGAUAUGGGACUCUUGGAACUCACCAUAACAGCAGUAAAACCUGGUUCUGAUGGGGAGAGACUUAAGCCACGCUUUGAGCUACACAGUUCCAGUGAUGUAAUCCAUAUCCGAACAUGCUCAGAUUCUUGUGCUGCGCUAAUGAAUCUUAUACAGUAUAUUGCGAGUUAUGGCGAUUUGCAUCCACCUAGCAAGACAGAGAUUAAACCUGGAGUCGUCAAGCGGAAAACUAAGGCAGAUGCCUCUAGCCGACCAUCUUCCCAAGGACUAGUCCUUGCUGAAGCAGAACAACAGAUUUUACGGGAUUUGAUGAGUGAUGCUAUGGAGGAAAUUGAGAUCCAUCAAGCUGCUUCCCCCAUUGGGCCACAAUCUAACGGAAUCUUGGAUGAAAAAUCUCAAACCCAGGAACCAGCUUGCUCAGAUCUCUUCCUGUUUCCAGAUGAAAGUGGGAACAUCUCGCAAGAGCCAAGUCCCACAUACACUUCAUUCACUCACCAUCUGAUUAAAGAGGCGAUGGGAGACAUACCUACUGAAAAUGAUGACUUCUGUAUUCUUUUUGCACCCAAAGCUGUUGUUUCUGAGAAAGAGGAGGAGCCAGUAGUGAAAAUAAUGGUUGAUGAUGCAAUCCUGAUAAAAGACAAUCAUUUCAGCCUGCCUGUAAAAAAGACAGAUAUGAGCAAAGCCCCCCUACAUUUUCCUAUCCCUUUGGUUCGCUAUGUUGUGAAGGAAAUCUCUCUUAUUUGGCAUCUUUAUGGAGGAAAGGAUUUUGGGACUGUACCUACUACUUCUCCAGCUAAAAGUUUUAUUAGUCCUCAUAGUUCUCCUUCUCACACACCAACAAGACAUGGACGUAGUACGACGUGUGGGGGAAGAGGAAGGAACCCAGACUUCCUAAUGGAAAUACAGUUAAGCAAGGUGAAAUUCCAGCAUGAGGUAUACCCUCCAGGAGGGCUGGAAUGCGAAUCCAGUCUGUUGGAGCAGCCAGUGUCCCGGCAGGUUUUUAUUGUUCAAGACCUUGAGAUCAGAGAUCGCUUGGCUACAUCACAGAUGAAUAAAUUUCUCUAUCUCUACUGUAGUAAGGAGAUGCCCAGAAAAGCACAUUCUAAUAUGCUAACAGUUAAAGCAUUACAUGUCCGUCCAGAGUCUGGCAGAUCACCACAGGAGUGUUGUUUACGUGUAUCACUAAUGCCACUUCGCCUCAAUAUCGACCAGGAUGCCUUGUUUUUCCUGAAAGAUUUUUUCACUAGCCUUUCUACAGACGUGGAAGUCUUAAUGACUCCGGAUCCAGAAGUUAAAAAGUCUCCUGGUGCUGAUGUAACCUGUAGUUUGCCCAAGCAUGUCAGCAGCUUCAAGGACCCAAGCCCAGUCAUUUCUUUCUCAGUACACAAGCAAACAAGCCAAAAUGAUAGUGUUGAUUCUGUGGAUAUGGUUAAUGGAGAGGACCAUCAUUUGUCACAUGAAGAGACAUCGUUCAGCGAUCAACCAGUCUUUUUCAGAGAAUUUCGAUUUAUAUCAGAAGUUCCAAUACGUCUUGAUUACCAUGGCAAACAUGUCUCAAUGGAUCAGGGUACAUUAGCUGGGAUUUUGAUUGGUCUUGCACAAUUAAACUGCUCAGAGUUAAAGUUGAAGAGACUUUGCUAUCGACAUGGUUUGUUAGGUGUGGAUAAGCUAUUCUCUUAUGCCAUCACUGAAUGGCUUAAUGACAUAAAGAAAAACCAGCUACCAGGAAUCCUAGGAGGAGUAGGGCCUAUGCAUUCAUUAGUGCAAUUAGUUCAAGGUCUGAAGGACUUAGUUUGGUUACCAAUAGAACAGUACCGAAAGGAUGGUCGUAUUGUAAGAGGCUUUCAAAGAGGAGCAGCUUCCUUUGGUACUUCCACUGCAAUGGCAGCUUUAGAGCUAACAAACAGAAUGGUUCAAACCAUACAGGCAGCUGCAGAAACUGCUUAUGACAUGGUCUCCCCAGGUCCUAGCUGUAUGGAGACAAAAAAGGUCAAACGAUUCUCUCGGCAUCGCUUAGCUCAUCAGCCAGUAGACCUACGGGAAGGUGUGGCCAAAGCAUACAGUGUGGUAAAAGAGGGAAUUACAGACACUGCCCAGACCAUAUAUGAAACUGCUGCUCGAGAGCAUGAGAACAGAGGGGUAACGGGAGCAGUAGGAGGAGUCCUCCGCCAAAUUCCACCAGCUGUGGUGAAACCUCUCAUUGUCGCAACAGAGGCAACCUCAAAUGUUUUAGGUGGAAUGAGAAACCAAAUCCGUCCGGAUGUGCGUCAAGAAGAGUCACAGAAAUGGCGCCUUGGGGAGGAUUGAUAGUUUAAAUAUGACUCAGCAAGAGAAUAACGAUGCUGGAAAUACAUAACAUUAUGUCCCAGUGGCAGCUUUAGAUGGAACUCAUUUCAUUUUAUUGUGUUCAUCUCAGGAACGAGGAGGUUUUUCAAACAAUUUAAUAUCAAAACAUCCAACCAAAAAGUUCAGAAAUGAAAAGCAAAUUGGUACUUGCUUGUGGACAUGCUGCAUGUUACCAAUACAUUUGGUAGCUAGUGUCAAACAUAGUGGAGCAUUUGCUGCCAAGUCAGAAACAUGCUUGCUGUAUUUCAGUUACCAUAUUUUUCUUGGUUCAUUUGAUUUGCCAUUAGAAUCAGCAGCCCCUUUGUGACACUGUGUGUAUUUUAAAAGUUUUCUUGAGCAUGCUCAAAGAACUGUCUUUGAUAAAGGGUUCCAUAGAUGCUCUUCAAUAACUAAAUAGUAAGAAUUUUGUUUUGGACAUCAGACAUGGAAGCCAUAUGAUAAGAAGUCAGACAGAAUGUUAUAAUUUUAUGGGUCAUGAGCAUUGUUUUUAGUGUGGCACUUACAACAAGGACAGUCUCUUGGUAACUGUUCAGCAAUUACACUGUGUCCAUAUGCUUGUGAACAAUAAUUGUCCCUCCUAAAUAUCAAAUUUCUUCUUCUGUGGGUUUUGGAAGAACCUGAAUGUUGCAGACAUGUUCUGUUGUGUUGCACUUUAAAGGAUAUGGCCUGUAUAUUGUGCUUUUUUUAUAGUGUGAAUAAACAGUAAUGUGCAUUAUCCUUUAUGAUUUAGAAACUUAUGCCAAUUUUUGAAAGGGACAACGUUUGAUGAAAAUUUUAAGGGAAGAAAAACAAAAUUCAAUGUGUCUUGCUUUGUUUAAAAUGCCUAUUAAAUGAAAAAUACUA